AUGAAUGGAAUGCGGGCGUAUAACCUUGGAAGCCGUCGUUACCACGAUGUUCUGCGGCUGCAAGAGGCAAUUUUUCGAAAGAAAAUCGAUAGGCAGAUGCGCUACAUUCGUGGAGACAAAUCUGCUCGCCUCAUCCCCAACGUUGUUUUGCUUGUGGAACAUUCGUCUCCUGUUUACACGAUUGGCAGGCGAGACACUUCCAAUGGCAUCAAAGCGGGUUGUGCCGCCGAGGUGGUCAAGACGAGGAGGGGAGGGGGCGUCACAUUCCAUGGACCAGGGCAGGUAACUAUGUACCCCAUUGUUAACGUGCAGGUUCUGUGGAAGCAAUGCACGGCUUCUGACAAACCACGUUCCCCAAUUGAGUGGUUUAGUUCCGUGUUGGAACAGGCUAUGAUUAACGUAGCGGGCGAAUACAACAUCCCCGCCCAUCGAGGGAGGGUUGGGGUUUGGUCCGACAGUUGGGGAGAUGUGGCACCACGAAAGAUGGGGUUCGUCGGGCUUCAACUGGGGAAUUGGGUCUCUAUGCAUGGUGCGGGACUGAAUGUGAGUAAUAAUCUGCUUUACUUCAACGAUAUCGUUAUGUGCGAGAUGCCGAACGAAGCAGCGACGUCUUUAGUGGAGGAACUCCGGCUACGAGGAUUGAGCGGGGCAGAGCCGACUCCCCACGUUAUCGCACCUCGCUUGCUCCAUCAUUUUCUUUUGAGUAUGCAGCAGCAGGAGAGUGUUGUUAACACGGAGCUUGUUGACUUGUCGAUCGAUGGAAGCUGGGAGCGAAGCAUCCUUUGCGAACUUGAAUAA